AUGGAUGACACCAUCCUAUUGUGCAGCAUCUGUCCUGGGCAGCCCCAGUUCAGCGAUGUUUCCCACUUGUUGACACAUGCUGCCUCCAAGGCUCACCUAGCCAACCACUUCAAGCUCAAGCUCCGCACUGAUGAUCCCAACGCAAUCGAGCUCCUCAAGCAGUACGACGACUGGUUCGACGCCAAUGGCUUCGCGAAGCAGCUGGCUGCUCGCAUGGCUAGCAAAGAAAUUCGGAAGAAAAGAAAGUCUGAUGAAGCAUCGUCUUCCCAGACCACUAAACGCACAAAAAGCCAAGCAUCCGAUGUCGAGCUUGAGGGCUCCAGCACUCGCACAAUUACAAGCACCCCAGUUCCUGAUUGCCUCGAUCCUCGCCUAGCCGAUUCUCACAUUGACAAACAGCACCAUCAAACCAUCACGCCAACUACUCCAAACAGAUUGUCUACGGCGAACAGCAACGCAAAAGCUCAAACGGGUCCGGUCCUUCGCUCGAUGCGAUCCUUGAAUGGCACAAAGUCAAACUUCCUGCAGCCGGUGGAUGCUUCUGGACCUAGCACUGAAACCCGAUCGUUGGCUUUGCCGAUGACAUCGAUACAGUGCCGACGUAAACCGGACCCCCUGGAGAGAACCUGGACUUCCGGCAAAGAUAACUCUGAUCCUUUCAUCGACUCUGGCGAUCAGACUCAGACAUCGUCUGGUGACGCUGAGAUGGACAAGGCUCGGGCCGAAGAAAUUGCAAGACUUAAGGGAGUUCUAUGGCCAGGCAUGGAUAUUUUUGAUUCCGCAACGGCGCAGAUGCGUCGUCGGCGCAACCAGAAGAAGGAUAGUACUGUGUUGAAGAUGAUGGAACUUGGUUCUUCGCUUGUGGAGCCAACCGAACUGGUCUUUUCCCCACAUGGAACCAUGUUGAAGGAGCGUGUGAUCACGGGCAAUGUGGAGGAAUACAGCCCACUGAAAGGGGAGACUCCAAUCCCCAGGCGAGGCCUCACUCGUACCAGGAUUGCUCGUUUGACCACAGCAGACCCCAACGUGCCCCGUGCUGUGGACAGAAAGCGACAAAAAACCGAGAGAGACCACAAAAAACUUGAAGAAUCAGUCAAAGAAGAGCGAAAAUCCCCCCGCCGCUCGCGCCGCGCAGUAGACCGUGCUCAAUCUUAUGUUGGCAACGAUGACGAGUUUGGUUUUACUGUCAAUACCUUUGGCAAACGGCCGAGGGGUGGCUUCGACGUCUUUGUUGAUGAAGAAAAAGAAGAAGACGAUGGCAAAACAUUUUAUCAGGAACUGGAAUACAGAACGCAAUUUGACACACUGACCCCCACUCGCCUUGUUUUGAACGGAAAGACGAACACCGGUAUUCAUGCCUCGAGAACUGGGCACAUAUCCCUCGACAAAGAAAACAUCGAGCCUAUUCUGAACCCCCAAGGCCGAAUUGGCCCCCCUGGUUGGCACUCCCCAUUCGCUAAACGCACUGACCCUGAUGACUUUGGAUUCGGCCCUGCAUACCUUUCUGAUCUUGGGGAUCCGUAUGACAGCUUUGACAAGGCUGGGUAUCGAUUCAACCCUCUGCAGGCCCCCUCGAAGCCCCCUUUCUAUGACAGCCAGUACGAAGAGGAGCAAAUUGCAGCCCAGAAUGGCUGGCUUUCAAUUGACCAGACAGUUCCAUCUGAAGAAACCAUCCCGGAAGACGAUCACUUUCCUGCAUACUACUUGACCACCGAUGCGAACUAA